CGCGCAGCCCACGAUGGCGAGAACCGGAGCGCGCGGCCGGUGCCAAGCCCUCCUGCUCGCCGCUCUCGCGCUCUGCGCCGCGUGCGCGUGCGUGCCGGCAGCCCACGCGGGCGCGCUGCGGGCGUCGGCCAUCUCCGCGGCGCCGGAGCCGUCGCAGUACCCGCUGCUGCAGCCGCGCCACGGCGGCCGCCACGCGAGCGCCCCCUCCGCGCUCCCGCCGUCGCUCUCGCUCUCCCCGGACAUAAUGCCGCUGCUCCCCUCCCCGGGCCCCGGCGACGACGCGCUGGCGCCGUCCGACGCGGCGGCCACCAUCCCGUCCAGCCCGAGCCCGCCCAACCCCGACGCGCUCGAGCCCGACUCCGCGUUCGCGCCCUUCGGCUCCGCCGCGCCCGCCGCCGUCAGCGGGAUGCAGUCCUCCGCGCCGCCGGCUCCCCGCGUGGCGUGGGCGGCGCUCCCGGCAGUGGGGCUCGUGGCCGCCAUGUGGUUGGCGUAGCGGAUAAGACAGGGUGGGGGACGGCGGCAGCAAUCCGCCAGGCCUCAGGCGUGCAGGGAAAGUUGGCCACUCGGUUGGUCGGUCGGCUGGGGCAGGAUUCGCAUGCGCUCCCUCCAACCGAAGAGAAAGUUACCUUUUAUUUCUUCACAAUGUUCUUGGUCACCUCUUGUAAAUUUCAUUUAGUUGAUAUAUUGUUCCUCUGGUGCUAUAUUCUAUAGCGUUUUUCUUUUUGUGAUUUUUGAUGUGGGGAGAUUGUUUGGGCCAUUCUUGUAAUAGGAUUAGACUGGAUGGAUUAUUAGUUGAUGAUUAUAAUGUAUUGUCAUUUCUUGGGAUGCCAUGUCUUCAAGUUCGAAUUGAAAGAAAGAAGGUGCAUGAUUCUUUCCUACUCUA